AUGACAGUGGAUCCUGGGUCAAAUAACGACGAUGUAAAUGGCUUUGAUAAUGUUGGUUUUUUAACGGAUCGAGUGAUCGAUACGGACAUAACAGACGCUGAAGUGAUACAAGACAUCAGUAUUGCCGAUCAUUGUCAUUCGUUGCUUCUGCUGCAGACCAAGGACCGUCGGGCAGAACGCACACUGAUAGCAGUAUCGGUGUUGAGUGCCGUUUUUAUAGUUGCCGAAUUUACGGGUGGAGUGAUUGCGCAUUCGUUGGCGAUCAUGACUGAUGCCGGCCAUAUGCUAUCUGAUCUUCUGUCAUUCAUCAUAUCUAUCCUUGCCAUCCGUGUGGCACGCUCACCAGCCAAUCGACGUCUUUCGUUCGGCUUUCAUCGUGCUGAAGUACUUGGGGCAACGGUAUCGAUAAUUAUCAUCUGGAUAUUGACCACAAUACUCAUUAUGCUUGCCAUUCAAAGGAUAGUGAACAACGACUUAAAUGUUGAUGCAAAUACAAUGAUUUUUACGGCGUCGGCUGGCGUUUUAUUCAAUGUUAUUAUGGGUAUGGUAUUGAAAUGCUCCAGACAUUCGCAUUCACAUGGAAUCGGUCAUUCGCAUUCAUCAUCAACGAAUGUGAAUGUACGUGCUGCGUUCAUUCAUGUGAUCGGUGAUUUAGUGCAAAGUGUUGGCGUUUUGGUGGCUGCAUUCAUCAUAAAAAUAACGGGUUGGCAAUUAGCAGAUCCAAUUUGCACAUUUCUUUUCUCAAUCAUUGUGCUCAUAACGAGUGUGACGGUUAUCCGUGACAUUUUCUUCGUUCUUAUGGAAGGUACACCGUCGCAUAUCGAUUAUGGUGAAUUACAAAGCGAUCUGAUGAAGAUCGAUGGUGUCAGAACUGUACAUAGCCUCAAUGUUUGGUCACUGAAUAUGGAUAAGACUGCACUUGCAGUGCAUCUUGCCAUUGAUGAUCAGAGUGCAGCGAUUGCAACGAUGAAAAAAGCGAAUCACUUGGUUCGGUUCAAGCAUGGUAUUCAUCUAGCAACUGUUCAGGUUGAGCCGUACGAAAGCCUUAUGGCAUCAUGCGACUAUUGUAGACCUCUUUACUAG